AUGCUGGUGUUUACUUUAUUCACACUUCUUCUUUUCAACAUUGGAAAUCUUGUUUUGUCGAGUAUUGUUAGUGUGGAUUUACCACCUCAGUUUGCCGAAUGUGCUAAAAAGUCGUCUACGGCAAAACACCAAUGCAUUUUGGACGUGUUAGAUAAUAGUACAGAUCUGGUACCUUUAAAGAAAGAGGAUAUGAAGCUGACAGUGCACCAAGAUUGUUAUUGGCAUCCAUUUAAACGAGUACGCCGUGAAUGUAGGUCACUGUCAAAAAUGGAACGCAAUGAGAUUUGGGAUGCUAUUAAUGCUCUUAAAAAAGACAAAAGUAAAGAACCGAAUGUCUAUGAUUGGUUUGCCGACUUUCACACCAAACGAGCAGUUUACUCUGUCCACUAUGGCCCAAAUUUCUUUGGAUGGCACAGAUACUAUACCUUACGAUUUGAAGAGCUGUUAAGAAAAAAGAACCCUAAUAUAACCUUGUGUUACUGGGAUUCUAGAUUAGACGACGAAAUGAAGAAACCUCCCUAUACUGUUAUGUUUUCCGACAAGUUUCUAGGAAAUCCUUGGGGAAUAGUCAAAAAGGGACCUUUUGCCUAUUGGAAAACAAUCCGGGGUGUACCGCUUCAAAGAGAUCUUGGUGCCCAAGGAAGUUUUAUCACGCAUGCAUGGAUAAGGAAAAUUCUUGCCCAAGAAAGUCAUGCUGACAUCAGUGAGCCGACUGCAGAAGAGGGUUUCAUAUUCGAAGCAAUUCACAAUUCUAUACACGCGGCAAUAGGUGGCCAAAUGAACGAUUUUAAUACCAGUGCUCAAGAACCAGCAUUUUGGAUUCAUCACUCGUUCAUAGAUUCAGUAUGGGAGGAAUUUUGUCAUAAAAUGAGAAGUAAAGGUAAAGACCCUCAAGAUGAUUACGUCACACUGUGGGUUAGCAGUAUGCAAAUGCCAGAUAAAUAUAUGGAUCGUUUAACUCCGCUGAAAAACAUUGAUGGCUAUAGUCAUUAUUUUACCAAGAACAUUUAUCGAUAUGAAGAGUAUCCCACAUGUGAAAACAAUUGUUUAAAUUCGGUUUUUGCAAAGUGUGAAAAGAAUGUUUGCGUCAGUGUCACUAAGUUCGCAAACGUUAAGGAAAACAACGAUCGUUCACGGAAAUACCCGAAUCAUCUAUCCGGACCAUUAAGAGAUUCUAAAAUUUUAUCAGGAAACGAGAAUGUCGAAAAAUGGGUUUUUGCGCCGAUUAAGAUAGUUUUCCAUGACUCGAUUGAAAGAAAAUUGAUAAAUGACUCUAUUAAAGGUUGCGAAACAAAAUAUGCGAAUUCAAGUAUGUGUAAAAACGCUGUAGCUAUUGUCAAGUCAAAUGGUGUAACAUACAGUGGCCUAUAUACGGACUAUAUCACUUGCGAUAUCACCAUUCCUGUAUGGACCUACGCCUUUGUUGCUAUCAAAAAUCCAGAGUUGGGGCCUAGUCAGACAUAUGUUAGCGUCACCAACAAACUUGGAAAUGCAUGUACUACAUUAUGCCUGAGCAAGGAGGGAGAUGUUUACGAAACUUGUGCUGGUGUAAUAGAUGCUACCCAAAAAGAGCCCAAAAUGUACGAAGAUACGCUUGAGAAUGCAGAAAAGGGUGGCUACGCCUUUGAUCCGUUAGCAGAAGAUGUAAUCGACAAACGAGUUAAAAUUAAGUUUGUUUGCUAUUAA